AUGUCGGCCAGUGGCAGUGGCAGUGGCAGUGGUGGUGGUGGUGGUGGUAAUGGUGAUACUGAGAGUCUCAAAAGUAAACUAAAGCGAUACAAGGAAACAUUGUGUGCACAAUGCCAUAGGAGCAUAUAUGAAACUCCAGGGAAAUAUAAACACGGAGACGAAACCUGCUGGUGCCUAUGUCAGUAUAAGGUAGAAGAGGGAAAUACUUACGAUGGCACCUUAGGAUAUAUUAAGGUGAAUGGUGUUCGCAUUAAACACGAAGAAUGUCAUGGAACCGGUUUCUACAAAAACAAACUCGACUGCACGUGGCGCCAUAACGUAAAACCUCCCGGCAAGCAGGAUUCCAGCAAGGAUGGUUCUAGCAAGGAUGGUUCCAGCAAGCAUGGUUCCAGCAGCCGCUAG